UUUUUUUUUUUUUGUGUGCUGUGCCUAUUGUAUAUAAAUAAAGACCCUCUUCUGGGGUCCUUUUUUUCAUGCCCAUCUUUCCCCUCUUGUGGUGGGUUCAGUGUUUGGUGAAUAAGUUGAAAUAAAGGAAGGAGCUUUGUGAGAGGGAAGAGGAAAAGGCAUGGGGAGGGGGAAGAUUGAGAUUAAGAAAAUUGAGAAUUUGAACAGCAGACAGGUUACCUUCUCCAAGAGAAGAAAUGGGUUGCUCAAGAAGGCCAAAGAGUUGUCUGUUCUAUGUGAUGCAGAGGUUGCUGUCAUCAUAUUCUCUAGCACUGGCAAGCUUUAUGAGUUUUCAAACACAAGCAUGGAGCAUAUCCUUUCAAGGUACAGUAAAGGCGUGGAAUCGGAUUGUGCAGAGCAACCUCUUGGUGUGCCCCCAACACAUGAUAUGGAGGGUGAUACUAACCUUCUGAAGGACGAAAUAACAAAGCUCCGUUCCGCGUACAUAAGGAUGAUGGGUAAGGAGCUUGAUGGAUUGAGCCUUAAAGAACUGCAGCACCUAGAAAAUCAACUAAGUGAAGGGAUACAAGCUGUCAAAAACAAGAAGGAACAAGUACUUGUGGAACAGCUUAGGAGGUCCAGGAUACAGGAGCAAAAGGCAAUGCUGGAGAAUGAAGUUCUGCGCAAACAACUUGAGGAGAUGCAAAAUAAAACAAAGACACAGUUCCUUGAAUUCAGUUCUUUGGAUAGGACAUUUUCCAAGAAUGGUUCAAAAUCCCUUUUCAAUUGUACUUCAGAGGAAAAUGACCUUUCAGAUACUUCCUUGCAGUUAGGGUUGUCAACAGAUUAUGGUCGCCAGAGGAAAGCAUUGAAGAUAGAACCUUGCAAUGAUUCAGGGAGUCAAGUGGCUUCACAGUGACAUCAUUUUUGUACUGAAAACUUACCUUUCAAGAACCUGGGAAACAUGGCCUGGUUUUUUAGUUUAGGUUAUAGAAAUAGUUUUAGCCUUUAGGCUAAAUUAAAUAAAUUUAUAUUUAGUUCGUAAUAAAUUUUUGGCUUUCACCAGCGUUUGAUUACGAAACUAGUUUAAGUUUACAUACUAAAUGACGCACCAUGUUGAAAUACUUUAGUCAUUCAGUUCAACCAAACAGUUUUCAGUAAGGAUACGCUUGGUUGACUGGAUAAAAUUAUAAAAAAAAAACACUUAAAUCUGUAUAUCUAUAUUUAUUUAUCUAUAUAUAUGCGUGCAUGAGUGCAAUUGU